UAUACGUUUUCAAAAGGCAUAUGGCGGACGUUUUAUAUAUUUUUGCAUCGAAAACUGAUAAAUUCUUUUAGUUAUGAGUAUCUUGUGACCGCUAGAGCCUAUUUGUUAAAAUUAGCUGAUAAACGUUAGUUUUUAAAUGUGUAAAUAAGUCUAUUAUAUCUAGAGUCUUGUAAAUAUUGAUAGUAUUUUCAUGCGUGGACGUUUUUAUCCGUAUUGAAAAACGAAAAGUCUGUGAUAAUAAACAAUACCUUUAGGUGAUAGAAUAAUUUCCUGAACACUUUUGUAAAUAUUGUAAAGUUAUUUUAGACUUUUAGCAAAGUUAAUAUAUUGAGCGAAGACUGAAGAAUUGAGUGUUUGAUCUGAGACUUGCGAGCUAUGUCAGCUGUGAACCUAUUAUCGUCUUUGAAAGAGAAACCUCACGACGAAAGCCCAAAGGAUGGCUCUAAAUACGAAGGGGACGAGGAGUGCGUCGCGGCGAGCGGCGGCGGCGACCCGGCGGUGCUGGCGGUGGGGCCGGCGCGGCGGCCGCUCACCUACACGCGGGAGCAGCUGCUGCGGCUGCGGAACUCGCCGCUCGUCAAGGCCGGCCUCGAGACCGCCUUCGCCGGCUGCGAGGCGCUGGCGCUCGUGCUGAAGAGACGAGCCGACUCGCCCAACGAGGAGGACAAGGGAGCUAGGGGGGAUGCACCAAAUGAGAACCAUAAGGGUGUGUACGGUCGCGAGCGGGAGCGCCGUUCAGCGGACCCUCGCGAGCGGGUCCGCAAGGAGGGCUCGCCGGGCGGAGGCAUCGUGCUGUCCCCGCAGCGGCGCUCCUUCACGUCGGGCUGCGGCGCGCCCGCCGCCGCCGCGCCCGCCGCGCCGCCGCACCUCGCCGCGCGCACGCGACCUGACUCCCCGCUGUCUGCUGCGCACGCCGCGCACGCCGCGCACGCCGCGCCGCCCGCCAAGCCUGAUGCGGGUCGCCGCAUAGGAUCCGGCCGCAUCAUGGUGCGCGACGUGCCGGCCAGCGGUUGGGAAGACAACGAGUAUCGUGACCGCGUGGCCGAGCCCUACCGCCCGCCGCGCGACCGCGACAACCGCGCCAAUGGAGACAGGUAUGACCGUCGGUCGUUCAGCCGAGACUCCUACUCCUCUGACAUCAAGAGGGAACGGGACGAUCGAUUCAACAACGAAAAGGGACGCGACAGAGAGGACAACCGUAGAUCUGGUGGUCGCUUCUCUCAACGCCGAUUUGAGAAGGAAGAUGAACCCGAAUGGUUUAGUGGAGGGCCGACAUCUCAACACGACACGAUCGAGCUGCGCGGUUUCGACGAACCGGUCAAGAAGAAUGGUGCAACGAACAACAAAGAGACUGACAAAUGGAACAACAGUGGCGGCGCGCGGUCGCCGGCGGCGGAGCGUUGGCGCGAGCCCUCGCCCGCACCGCCCGCGGAAUCGCCCAACACUAGCAAUGACAAGGAUUCCGGCGUGGAGUCGAAGGCGGAGGAGCCGGCGGCCAGCAACGAGCAGCCGGACUUCAACCUCGACGAGUUCCUCAAGUUCGACACCAUACCUGACGUGCUCACGAACGGCACCGGGGAGUCCGAGGGCGGCAGCCGCUUCAGCCGCUGGUUCCGCCGCGAAAGCCCCACUAACGACGCGCGCCACUACGAACGAUUGCUGCACAACAUGGUUGACGACUUGGACGAGCCUGUGCGACCUACGCCGGGCACGCCGAGCGCGGAAGCGCACGUGUUCGCGCCGAUUUCGCCGCCCGCGCACCCGCGCCCGCCUUCCUUGCUGGACUUGUUGCGACAGGCCAACGCGCAUAUUGAACCGCACCAAGGCAUGGGCGUGAACUCAGGCGUGGGCUCCAACGCGGGCAAGAUGCAGAGCCUGGAAGAACUGGAAGCGCGUUUGAGGCCGCAGCACCCGCGCGCGCACCCGCCACCCGCCGCGCCCGCGCCCGCCGACCACGAGCUGGCGGCCUUCAAGCGCCUC